AUGGCAUCCACUGAGGAAAUACCACGCUCCCUGGCCGGCAAGGUGGCAUUGAUCACUGGGGCCGGCCGCGGAAUCGGAAAAGGCAUUGCAAUUGAGUUGGCUAAACGCGGUGCCUCGGUUAUCGUCAACUACAACAGUGCUGAUAAGCCAGCGCAGGAGGUUGUCGACGAGAUUGCGAAGACGGGCAGCCGUGCCAUAGCAAUCAAGGCGGAUAUUACCAAGGUACCCGAGGUUUCCCGCCUCUUUCAGGAAGCGCUCCAACACUUCGGCCACCUUGACAUUGUGGUUUCGAACUCUGGUACAGAGGUUUUCAAACCAGAGGAAGAGGUCACGGAAGAGGACUAUGACCGCGUCUUCAACCUCAAUACCCGAGCGCAGUUCUUCGUCGCCCAGCACGCCUACAUCCAUCUUCGCAACGGAGGCCGCAUAAUUCUGAUGUCGUCUGUUGCCGCAAACAUGUCGGGGAUUCCCAACCAUGCGCUGUACGCUGGAAGCAAGGCCGCUGUUGAAGGUUUUACCCGGAGUUUCGCAGUUGACGCCGGUCAUAAGAAAAUCACUGUCAAUGCUAUCGCCCCCGGUGGCGUCAAGACAGACAUGUACGAUGCGAACGCGUGGCACUACGUACCAGGUGGCAAGCCAGGCAUGCCCAUGGAAGAGAUUGACAAAGGCCUAGCAGCUUUUUGCCCACUUGAGAGAGUUGCAGUGCCUCAAGACAUUGGGCGUGUGGUCGCUUUUCUUGCUCAUCCUGAUAGCGAGUGGGUGAAUGGCCAAAUUAUCCUCCUUACUGGAGGCUCCAUCACCUAA